AGCUUCGGCCCGACUUUUUGAGUCUGUACUAUUAAAGAGAAAGCCCAAAAGGCACAUGGAACGCAAUGUAAGUAACUGUUUCCCGCCAUUUUUCUUUGCUCGGCUUCUUUGGCGCGCAAGUAGAAGAUAAAGAACUCACACUGGAGCCGUGGCCCACUGGAGAUAAUUUCUCACUUCCACCGGAGACAGAGAGAGAGAGAGACAGUGAGGAGCAAAAAUGCAAGCCGUUAGAUCUCAGAGGAAAUCCUUCGUCAAGGAAGUCGUCCCGACCCUCCCUCUCUACCGCUCUGCUCCCGCCCUUGAAGUUCGUCUAGAAGAGUUCGAGCUCUUCGCCCUCGAUCGCCUCCGAGUGCUUAAAGGGAUAUCUGAUGGAUUAUCACGCGGAAAGAAACAUGACGAAAUGCAGAAAUUGGCAAUAGAACUAUGGAAGACAAAUAUGAGACAUCCUCAGGCAUCUGAGGUCGUCAACAAGGACAUAAUAUCGCACUUUGUUCUUCGGCUAGUUUAUUGCAGAACGGAGGACCUGAGAAAAUGGUUUCUUUCCAUGGAGACUGCCCUAUUUCGUUACCGAUUUAUGAACGAACAACCUGAACCUCAGAGGGCGCUCAUGGAAGAAUUUGAUCUUCCAUACAAGGCAGUUGGUGGUUCUGAACUCGAGAGUGUAUUAGAUAAAUUGGUCCAGGUUUCGCGUUCGCUCGGUGCUCAAUCUCAACCAACUGCUAGUGAUAUCUUCUUCAAGGUACCGUUUGAAGAAGUCCCAGAACUGGUAGCCAGUCGUAGAGUAUUCAUCAGUAAGGGGCAUGCAUAUAUAGCUAGAAAUCAGGUGGUUUCCCUUGUUGCCACACAGUUCCGCAGUCUUCUAUCAAAGGCACUUAUUUUGACAAACAGAAAAUGGACAACAACUAUAGCAGAACAAGAGAAGGAUCGGUUGACUCCUAUUGUUGAAGCCCUAUCCUCAAGUUACCUGGGCCCCGACUAUUCUGAGCCAAAAGAGUUUGGUCAGAUUUCGUUAAAAGACAUCGAUGAUGCAGCUAAGAGCUCAUUUCCUCUGUGCAUGCGCCACCUAUUUGAAAAGUUGAGAGAGGAUCAUCAUUUAAAGCAUGGAGGGAGAAUGCAACUAGGUCUCUUUCUCAAGGGUGUUGGGUUGAAGCUGGAUGAUGCCCUUGCGUUUUGGAAAGCUGAGUUCUCACAAAAAGUUGGUGUUGAAAGGUUUGACAAAGAAUAUUCAUAUGGCAUACGCCACAAUUAUGGAAGAGAGGGGAAAAGAACGGAUUACACGCCUUACUCCUGUCAAAAAAUCAUCUCAUCUACUCCUGGUGUAGGAGAUCAUCAUGGAUGCCCAUAUCGAUAUUUCAGUGAAGAGAACUUGAGAGCAGCCCUUGGUAAAAUGGGAGUUACUGGCCGAGCAGUUGGAGAUGUAAUGGACAAAGUUAAAAACAAACAUUAUCAGCUGGCAUGCACCUUGACGUUCGAAGCUAUUCAUGGUUCAUCAUGCGACGCUGGAAUUAACCAUCCAAAUCAGUACUUUAAGGACAGCCAAACUAUUAUAAAGUCUAAGAACCAGUCUGCAGCUUAAGGGAGAGUUUUAAAGUGCCAUCAGAGGCAGAUAUAGCGUAUUCUCGUUCCACAGGAUUAAACAUGUGUAGGACGAGGAAAAAGGUUGGUGGUUAUCAUUUCUCCUUUUUUAACAAAGAAAGCCAGUGCUAUGAUCUGCCCCAAAGUAGGAAGGACAUAUAUAAUUUGGUUUCCUGGUUCUAUUAUUAGCAAGUGUUCUUCCGCAACAUGAGGUCCACCGUUCACAUUGGUCCAUCUGAUUUCCCCCCUGCCUUUUUCAGUUUGAGCUCAGAUUUGGUGUACAGGUUUGGUUGGUUGGUCGGUCGGGAUGAAGAAGUGAUCACGACGAAGCUCAUGACCUAACAUAUUGUUGUUCCUUUUGAUGAUAUAUAACGAAAAUUUUAUGUUUGUUUUAUGAUGGAUUUGAGUUAUCCCUUGAAAUUUAUAAUUAGUUUUGAGUUAUGCAAUAUUUGGCAUCUGUUUUUCAUUGUAUACAAGUAAUAGUAUAGUUCGUAGAUACAAUGUUUAUGAUCCUUUGGUCUGUAACGACAUGACAUCCAGUCUUCAUUUUAUCGAUGAAGUCUUUGAGUUCAAAGUCGAUUUCUUUA